AUGUCGAGACCUAUUUUGGAGGGUUUAACUUGUAGUAGAUUGGAGGGAAGAGACAAGGAUGGUUUGGAGAUUCUCUUUAUGGAGAAGGAGGUUAAAGAGGCGGUGUGGAGUUGCGACGAGAACAAAAGUUCCGGUCCAAAUGGCAUUUCUUUAGACUUCUUUAAAAAAAAUUGGGGAGUCGUGAAGGAAGAUGUUAUGAGGUUUGUGGGUGAUUUUCAUUCUAAGGCGAUUCUUACUAAGGCGUGUACUUCUUCGUUCAUUAAUCUUAUCCCUAAGUUAUCAAAUCCACAACUUUUAUCGCAGUAUAGAAUAACUUGUCUUGUAAGUAGCCUAUACAAGAUUCUUUCUAAACUCUUAGCUUCAAGAUUGAAAAAUGUUAUUGGGAAACUCAUCUCGGUUAAACAAUCCGCGUUUAUUAAAGGAAUAAGCAUAUUGGAUGGAAUCUUAUGGUUAACGAAAUUCUUGACUUGGCUAAGAGGGAGAAGAGAAGUUGUUUGGUGUUGA